UUAGGUACUCCACGAUUGGGCGAAAAUCACAAGUAAAUAAACAGGAAGUUCUUCAAUCCUUCCUCAGCUUUUUCUUGUUUUAUCAAAGUUUCAAAGUUGUUCAUUCAAGAUUCAACCACUGCCAGCUAUAACACGAACUCCAAAGUGUAACUUGUAAGCAGUAGUAAAAUAAAACCCAUAAAUAUUAUGUUGUUCACAAUCCAUCCCUGAAUUUUGCGCCACAUCAGUAAACUGUUUGCUCCAUAUAUUGCUGUCAAUUUAUCCCUUAUACAUCAAAUUCCACCAUGGAUAUAACAGCUUUAUUUAAAGCAUGUGUUAAAACGGUUCGCACUAAGAAUAUUGCGCUUGGACUGGGCUCAGUAGACACUGAUAAGAAUAGUAUUCUCUCCAGGAGAAAACGGGAUGAAUUCACCAUCAAAGCCAAAGAUAUUAUUUUACAGAUUUCAAAGCUGAAAGACUUUUUGUUAGAGCAUAGAAAAGCAUACCUCAAUUUCACCAAUACCUUACCGAAUAUUGCACAAAUAAGUGACUUCGAGAGAGACAAAAUUGACUCUGGGGCGCAGGUUAUCAUUCUUUCUUGUAGAAAUAUUCUUGAAGAUUUCAAGAAAGAAAUAGUGUUGAGAAAUUCAGAACUCUCUAGUCAAAGAUUAGAGCAUCAAAAUGCUGUCAUUGAAUCAAUAGAUGAGUACCUCAAGUCUGUCAUUAAACUUUACUCAGAGCAGAAGGCCAUUCGAAUGAAAAGAAGCAUGGACUUGCAAAAAAUGUCGAAGCUAAUUUCUGAACCUCUAAGUGAUGUAUUGAACGAGAAUGCUAAAGAGUCUCAUGAAAAUAAGAAUAUGGAAGGAACAAGAUUGCGACGAAUACCUUCACUCAUUGACGAUUCAAAGUUGGGAAGCCAAAUUGAAGAGGAGUUAACGGCCGAAGAGUUGCAGAUCUUUGAGAAUGAAAAUGAGCUACUCUAUAAUGAACUCAACUGUGUCUCAGAUGAAGUUCAACAGGUAGAGAGUAAAGUUGUGAAAAUAGCUGAGUUGCAGGAAUUAUUGACUGAAAAAGUUUUGGAGCAAAGCCGUGAUAUUGAAAGGAUUGGAAGCACUGUUAUAGGAACCACUGAAAACAUUUUAGAUGGAAAUCAACAAAUCAGAGAAGCAAACAGAAAUAAUGCAAGUCUCAGAGCAUACGUUCUUUUCUUUCUGGUAGUCAUGUCAUUCUCUUUACUUUUCUUGGACUGGUAUAAUGAUUGAUGGGAAAGGACUUAACCCAUCAAGGUGUCAUUGUAUUGUUCGAUUACCUACCCCGAAUGUUUUUUCAAAAUGUUGGAAAUCAAUUGACUUUGUUGGUGAAGGCUACAAAUAGGUAAUCAUCAAGUUGUGCGGAGUGAGAUGAUGAUUGCCACUGUGAUUUGGGUGUAAUUUCCAAGUACCCAUCCGGCCACCAUCAAAACCAAUGUUACAAAAACGUUACUGCAACAGAAAGUUUUGCAACGAUGCUGCAACUGCAAAGUUAGUUUUGGCAUGAAUGUUGUGAAAACAUUUUUCUAAUCACUUCCGGAUGGGCUGGAAUACUUGAAACAAUUGCUAAAGGAUACGGUGUAUGCUUGAAAUGAAAGAGUAUAAACUGAUUUCUUUUUUCUUUUUUCUUUUUUUUAUGCCGGAAUAAGCUCUAGAUGUUCAUCUUAUGUUCUUUGAGACUACUGCUCAAAAAUCAGAUGAAUUGAUGAUUUUGCAAUUUCGAUUCAUAUACUUCAAAGCUUAAUAUAUGCAUAUAUGUAUAUUUGAAAGGAUUUAUUUCUUUCCAAAGACAUAAAGUUAAUUAUUUAUCAGUGACAAGUCGUCGCUUUUCGGUCAAAGUAUUUCGAGCGCCAUUUACGCCUGGAUGCUAUAUCGAGGGAUAUCUCAAUUUUGUUUCAACUUUUUCUCUAAAACUAUUGCACAUAAUUUCAUGAAAAUUUCACUGAUUAAUAUUGAUAACAAAAUAAAUAUUCGGUAAAAUUUUCAUGUGACUAUCCACCAAGUUUUCCAUAAAAAAUUAGACAAGUCUGAAAAGUUUGGCAGCAUGGUGCUUGAGAACAAAUGGCGCUUGUGAUAGUUAGGCCGGAAGUACAUUUGUCCAGAGCCUAGUGUACAAGAUACACUUCAAAACUGUCCUUUUCCUGAUCCUGCCAUGAGGGCUUUCUUUAAUUGUCCUUCGCCAUGUAAACGGUUCGUAUUCCGCAAAUGAAAUGAGCUGUUUCAGGAGUAACCAUCAAUUGCUGUAACGUUGUGUAAGACGCUUAUUUUUCAGGAAUUUGAAGCAAUAUUGGUGUAUAAAUGAAAUUGUAGUGCCGUGCUUCUUUAAAAUAAUAAAUAAAUCUUGACACGUCUUACUCCAAGUGAGAGUUCGAGAAGUACCUACCCAAAUCACUGUUACCUAUGAAAGUUAACGGACACAUCAAAAAUAAAUUAGGACAUUCCUUCUUUUGCUAAAUAUCACCAGUUGUUUGAUAAUAUUGUGAAGAAUCAAUGUAAUUGGAACAUUUAUUAUAAGUUUCCUCGGUGAAUAAUAAAUCUAGCAAGUAUACAGUAGGUUCAGUUCUUUUCUCCUAGCAUAUACUGACAAGGAGAUGAAAUAAAUAUUAUGUCAUUGGAAUAAUGAUUUAAGAUAUUGCAAAAUGAGAUAAUUCAAGGAAUUCAUGAAUAAAUUUCUGAAUAUCAAUUGCUGAAAGCAAAAAAUGUGUAUCUCAAUGGCAAUAUUUAAAAAUCUCCAAAAUAGGUACUUGUGGCACCACCUCUGUUUUUAAAAUGACCCAGAAACAGUAGUUCUGCAUUGCAAAUGUUGCUCAUUUGUGAAUGCCAUUUUUGCUCUAGUAGAAAACUUAUUUUGCACUAGAGAUAUUAACAACGUUUAGCCCGUAACAUCUCAGCUUAUAUUCAUCCACUUUAAUGGAUAUUUCUUAGAAUUACGAUUUUUAAAUAUCCAAUUUAAAACCAUUAUUAUCUCCGGUUUGAUUCAGCAUUCCUGAGCAAUUGGAAUACAUAUUGCAACAAGGGACUGCUAUUUGUGGUUUAUUUCAGAAACUUCGAAUAGCACAUUGAACUUUGGAAAUGAACUCAAACCUCUCGCCUUUGAAGUCUUUUCCGAUAUUGGGAAUAGCCAUUAGUAGGAUGGAGCCAAAUUAAUGCUGUCCAAAAUUUCCUAAAUACUGUCUCUUCACAAAAAAUUGAGAAAAUUAUUUCUCGGUUUAAGAAAACAUGGCUAAAGAUCUGCGUGAAAUGGACAGAAGAUACUGUGAAAAAGAUCAAAAAGCUGAAUUAUGUAAUCAGGAAAACUAACUUUCUUAGUUAAGGUUUGAUUUUGUAGUGUUUUUCAAUACAAAGUUUAUUUCUCUA